GGUUGACGUAUUUCUAUGGGGUUUUUUUUUUUAUUAUUAUUAUUUUUUAAUAAUUUUAAUUAACUUAAGUACCCCAUAUUAAACAGCUGGGUUAAUGUGUUUGGCACGACGGCGACGAUAAUCUAUAUAGGUGCGUAUAAUAUCAUAACCGGGCGGUUUAAUCAAAAUCGCGUAUCAGGCACACUCGUGGCGAGACGCGUACACGUCCCGCACGUCGUUAUAAUUUAUAAUAUUCAUCGUCGUCAUAACACAAUACUAUAUUGGCCAAUACACAUCGUCAUGGACUAUCGCCAAGUAUCGGAGAAACAGACUCGUAGACGCAGCAGGACCGUCAGCUGGGACCAUUCGGUCAGGGCGGACGGUGAGCCGUUGACUUGCAGGACAACGACGACGGACAGGAGUGCUCUAUCGCCGCAGGGGCCGACGUCACCGGGUCGCCGUGAUUCGUCGACAGUGGAAUUGUUUUUCGACGACGACAUGAGUAUUAGCAGAGGACAUUCGGUGGAAAAGGUUCGGUUUUCAGCCAGCCGGGCGCAUUCAGACGAAAACGAUGAGGAUUAUUCAGCUAGUGUAAAUGCAAUACUCCAUAAGCGGCUUAGUGUUAGGAAAGGCAAACACCAAAAGCAAAGAAGAUCGUCUUCUCCCGUGUCUUCAAUGCUAGCGGAUGACGCCAGUUUAAUAUCGGAUCGAAGAAGAUCGUCAGCUUUUACAACCAGCUCUGGAGACACGGCGAUUAAUAUCGAAGAUGCUGGUAUCUCUCAAGAGCAGAUAUUUGAAAACAUUCGUUUACACAAAGAGGUAUUGGGUAGCGUACGACAGCAACCGUGGUCUAUACGGAGGAAGAUGAAAUUGGUUCAGCAAGCCAAAGAAUACGUGAAGAAGCACGAGGGUCAGCUGCAAGAACGUUUAGCGAUGAGUAAAAGUACGAGAGAUAUCAUGGCGCGGUUUCACAUAGUCCUAGUCAAACAAUGGCAGCACAGUAAACGGGAGAUGGCCAAUUUCAUAAGUCAAAUUAUUCCAUGGGAACUAACGAUCAAAGAAAUCGAAUCUCAAUUCGGCACGGUGGUCGCUUCGUACUUCACGUUCCUCCGCUGGUUGUUCUGGGUGAACUUUGUCAUAUCCGUGUUGUUAGCAGCCUUCGUCGUCAUGCCCGAAAUUUUAACGACCAACAAGGCAGACACUGGAGAGCGUAAGACACUGUUGCCAGAGGAGCAGGCCACUUCUAUGGAAUUAAUGACUUUGUUGAACUUUGAGGGAGUCCUACAGCAUUCACCCAUGUUUUACGGCUACUAUUCGAAUCGACAAAGUUCCGACACCGGAUACCGGCUACCAACGGCCUACUUUAUUACGGGGCUCGUUGUUUACAUUUACAGCUUCGUGGCUACGCUCAGAAAAAUGGCCGCAAACUCCCGUUUGAGCAAACUGUCCGAAAAAGACGAUGAGUGCAUUUUUACGUGGAAACUGUUCACCGGAUGGGAUUACAUGAUCGGAAACGAAGAAACCGCUCACAAUCGUAUAUCAUCGAUUAUACUCGGUUUUAAAGAGGCAUUGCUUGAAGAAGCUGAAAGAAUGAAAGACAAACAAAAUUGGAAAGUGGUGGCUUUGAGGAUAUUUGCAAAUCUGAAUAUGGUAUGGAUGCUUGGAAGUUCAGUUUAUGCCGUCAUUCUCGUGGUGGGCAGAUCCACAGAACCAGAGGCCGAAUCCACGCUAUGGAGAAAAUACGAAAUCACAGGUGUCAUGACUCUCAUUGGUACGUUCUUUCCGAUUGCUUUUGAAAUUUUGGGAGUGUUGGAGAGUUACCACCCAAGAACAACACUCCGUGUACAAUUGGCCAGGAUUAUGGCGCUAAACUUGUUAAAUCUUUACACACUGACGUUCGCAUUAUUUGUGAAAAUCAACGACAUGACAAAGGAGCUAUUAGUGUUGAAAUCCAAUGUAUCCAAUAUCACGGCCACUGCGGCCACCAUGGCUACCAUGGCCACCACGACGUCUUUGUCGAAGACGACGUCGACUACUUCGGUAUUGGUUGCGUUAGCGUUCAUGAAUUCCACCAUGUCGAACACAACGAAACUUCAGUUGCCCGUAGCCCCUACGAUCGCUACCCAACCGAAUUGCUUCCGACAGGAGAUAGAAUGUCCGUUCUCAUUUCCAGCUGUUCGAAACGUUCCAGCCGACGUGCAUCCAAAGAUGGUUGACAAUUCCGUACCUUCAUCACCACUGCAAUUGAUUACCACUGGGGCCGACUUGACAACGGUGGUGGAUUUUGGUCACACUUCGGACUUCAGUCGAACUACAAGUAUUUUCAGUGUGAAUCGGAAUGGCACCGGAUGGACUGAAAGUACAACUGAAACGACUAUCAAGACCGUCGAUGAUUUACGAAUAACCGCUGAGGUCAUAUACUACGAUGAGACAUCUUCGUCCGAAGAUACCUCCACUACCACCGAGUCUGACGUCAGGUAUACGCACAGUUAUGACGAGACGAUGGAGAAUUUGACUGUGGGUCUGGUCACAGCUGAGUCGAUGACGGAGAUUUCGACCAUGGACCUGGUCACUGCUCAGUCAACAAUUACGAGUUCAACGGACGUUUCAUUCGACUUUACUUCGAACACAUCCGAAUUGAUAUCAAGUUCCACAGAAAGUACGUUAGGUGAAACUAUACCGAGUGAGUCUGUAGAGUCAACGACGAGCGUGGUCACUGAAUCAACGGAAAGUCUGGACGCAGUCGUGUUAAUGGCGAACACGACGAUUGAUCAAUCGACAAUCACUAUAGAUGACAACGAUGAGCCAUAUAGUACGAUUUCGUCUGACGAUCUUCAGUUUUGGCCAACGGACGAGAUGAAUGCGUCGUCUAAAGAGAGAAGAAUCGUAAAACGGAUGUCGGAAGUAAUUUUCAAUGGGACUCAUUGCUUUCAAAUAGUUUGUUCACCUCCAUCACCGGUUAUAAAUGUAACUGAGGUGCCAAACGGUUUUCAAGGAUUUAGCGAGGAAUCGAGCGAAGCGUAUGCUGCAACAACGGAACAUGAAGAUGCGCCUAGAGAAGACUUAUCACUUCGAGCCACUUGUUUGAAUCUUCAAAUCAGGCGACGAUUGCGGAAGUUGUGUUGGGAGACAAUGUUUGGACAAGAGUUGGUAAAACUUACAGUCAUGGAUUUGGUGUCGACGAUUAUUUCGACGAUAUUCGUGGACUUUGCGCGUGCCGUGUUCGUGAGGUACAUGAACCGGUGCUGGUGCUGGAACCUAGAGAAGCGGUUCCCGCAGUAUGGUGAUUUCAAGAUCGCCGAGAACAUAUUGCACUUGGUCAACAACCAGGGUAUGGUGUGGAUGGGCAUGUUCUUUUCUCCCGGACUGCCCAUCAUCAACGUGGUCAAGUUGAUGAUCAUGAUGUACGUGCGGUCGUGGGCAGUCCUCACAUGUAACGUGCCACACGACGUCGUGUUCCGGGCCAGCCGGAGCAACAAUUUCUACCUGGGCCUCCUGCUCACCAUGCUGUUUUUGUGCGUGCUGCCAGUCGGCUACGCCAUCGUGUGGAUCGAACCAUCUUGGCACUGUGGCCCGUUCUCUCAGUACAAGAAAAUCUAUCACAUCUUCACCAAUUCGAUCAAGAAGGCCGUGCCCAACCCACUUGUGCACCGAGUCCUCGAUUACAUAGCGUCACCGGGAAUCGUUAUACCGCUGCUGCUGCUUCUCAUCCUCAUCAUAUACUACUUGGCCUCGCUCACGUCUUCACUCCGGGAAGCCAACAACGACCUAAAAACGCAGCUGAGACGCGAGCGGACCGAAGAACGUCGAAAAAUGUUUCAGUUAGUCAACAGGAAGAAGCAAGGUGGCGGUGUCGACGACGAUGACGACGACGAUUACACGUGCAUGGACACCACACUGGCAAAGUGGAGACAUAUAAUGCCAGACAGCAAACUGCAGACGGACGUUCCGAGCUCCGUGUUCGAAAUCGUGGAGAAAAAGCUCACGGAAAAUGAGGUGCUGGACAAAGUGCGUGAGAAACUCGUGCACAUGGAAGCAGAGGACCAGCAGCCCGAAAAUAAACAACAUCCAAGCCGCGAAGAUCAACAGCAACAGCAACAGCAUACCCAACCGCAGCCCACGAAGCUCCAACGUAAUCAUCACCACCAUAAUCCACCUCCACUACAACACCAUCACCAUCAUCACCACCAUCACCAGCAGCACCUCUACCACCACCUCCGACGGCCUUCGAGAAAUGAAGAAUCACGGGACACGGCUGCGACGCUGCGCAAGUGGAAAAAGUCCAAUGUGGUCCGGCCUCCGUCGUCUGAGUCCGAGUCGUCGGAUCAGUCGGAAGCAGUACCGGAAAUCCGUGAAACAGUUGCCGCUGUUUCUCACGUUUCCGGGUCUCAUCAAAAGACCACGGCCGCUGAACUUCCGGUAGCAAGCGCUGUCGUUGAAGAUGGAAGUCCUGUGACCGCCACUGAUCAGCCCGUCAAGCAGAGGGCGAGGCUCAAGUUGGCACAGAUAUUGUACAAGGAGGCGAGGAGGAGAAGACAAAAAUACGUCGAGGAGCUGCAAAAUCAACAAGAAUAAAAUAUAGAAUACAAACGAUUUACAACAGAACAUACUAUUCGGAAGCACCAGUUGGAUUUUGAAUUUGUCUUGAAAUCUAAGAAAAAUCUUACUCAUCUAUAUAACAUCAAAAUAUAAAAUACAAAGUAUAUUGUAUUAUAUUAUAAUCAAAUGAUUAGUUUCUUAGCACACCAUUGUUUAUUGUAUGGUUCAGAAUUAUAUUAUACUAUUAAAUAUCUGCACGUCACUGUUAAGAUACGACCAUACUUAUAUCUAUACAUUGAGAUAUGAGGCUAUAUGUAAUCGUGUUGGAUUCAUGUAUAGUUUUACUAAACCAAUUUAGUCAUAGUCGAAUAUAUAUAUAUAUAUAUUCAUAUAUCUAUGAACACAAUUACAUUUUUUUCCGAGUGUUUUUAAAAGUUUAAGUUUUAAUACAUUAUUGAUCGUUAUGCUGAAUUAACUCUUUCUGUUUGGGCCACCCAUUUAUAUAUUAUAUAUUAUUAUUAUAUGUAUAUAUAUACCUAUUCCGAGUAUCACAAAAACAUGAUACAUGGACAAAGUUGAUGCCCAUGGGCAUGCACAAAAUAGAAAAGUUAAAAAUUGUAAGUGAUAAGAAUUUAUGAACCAACAGUUUAGUCUAAUGAUCAGCAAAUAGAAUUCAAAAAUAUGUAAAGGAUAUUGACUUAUACGAGCAUUUGAGUUAUGAGUGUACCCUGUUUUUGAGUAUACACGGUGUAGAUGUGUAUUUUAUAACUAUUAUUCAAGUAUUAAAUAUUUUAGACACUUAUAAUUAAUAUUGUACAUGGUAUUUAAAAGGGUGUAACGUGGGUGUUCUCCAACUGCGCUCUCUAUCGACAAUCAAUAUGUCAUAUAAUUCCUACCAAAUUCAUUUUUUGAAUUUGUUAUCUUGUGAUACUAAUAUAC